AUGACUUCAAUCUUGGUUGAACAACAAUCUCAAGAACGGGAAUCGCUCGAAGCUGCCGAUGCUGCGUCUGCACUCGAUGCGCUCGCCUUUCUCGAUCUAGGCCGGGAAAAGAGCAAACGCCUGCUCUGUUUCGUCGAGCUGUCUCAUUCUCUUAUACAACGCCCGUUUGCAAAUACCACUUUACUCGGUAUUUGCCUUGUUUGGAAUCUCGAGACAUUUCUGUACUAUCUGUUUCUCCAUAUUCUUCCCAUAUUCUUCCCAUAUUCCCAGGCAAGUACCUUUUGUCGCGCACUGUUCAUCGUUGCUCUGGUACCUCGCUCUAUCUUUGUCGGCGCCGCCCCCCGAAUUUGCGGCGAACAUCAUCUCACCAAUCCAAGCAAGUGCUGGUCUUUUCAAUUUGUUUACAUCUACCGUAAACUGAUUGCUCUUCUGGCGCUCCAAUCCCAACCCACGCAGCACACCUUCAAUCUAUUCCGAAGCCCCAACUCUGUCAUCAUGGCCCCUUCAGCUUCCAAGGCAAACUACAAAUCCUACGAGGCCCAGGCCCGUCUGGUCCGCGCCAUUGUCGCAGCGCACCCCACCACCAAAUGGAACUACAAAGAGAUUGCCGCCUGCUACGGCUCAGACAUGUCGGAGCAUGCCCUCAACCAUCGCUUCCGCUACAUUCGUGCCCAGAGCGAGAUUAUCAUGGCAGGUCGCAAAGCCAAACUGGACGUCAAGGAUCUCACUACUGAUGAGUCUUCUCUGCCCAAGACCGUCGGUGCCGUGGACAAGAAGAACAUUGCCAAGUACUUUGGCCAGUCCACGGCUGAUGGGAUCCAGUUCCAGUUCCGCGCCAUCAAAAAGGACGCGGACAAGUUGCGCGCCGUCGCCGACAGCGGCGGCGACCCGUCCGCCUGUCUCGACCUCAACUCCGGGAGCAGCAGCAGCGGUCCGGCCUUUACGCCCACGACGACGCCGAAGACGUCUCGCUCGCGCAACGCCGCCACCCCCACUACCGGCGGCGGCGGGACCAGCACCAUCAAGCGAGCUCGUGGCGACCUCGCUGUCGUCAAGAUAGAAUCUGACGAAGAGGACUCUGAAUCGACGAACAACUGGAGUGAGAUGGAGGCCACGCCCUCAAAGCGGCCCCGGACGCUCGCUGCUGCCACUACCCCAGGCCAGAGGAACGGCACGCCCUCGCGCCGAGCUGCAGCCGCCAGAGCCAGCGCUACUAUCGCUGAUGCUUCCGCGCAGCUUCAGACGAGCGAGUCCGAGGCUGAGACGAAACCCGCCGUCCGCGCUGCCAUGCCGCUCGACGGGCUCCCAACGCAUGCCCGCAACGGCACGGCCGCCACCGUGCGACCCUCGUCCGCGUUUGCCACGGCCGCCACCCCGGCCACCCCCUCCCUGUUUGCCAGCGUUCCUGCCUUUCGCCCGGCCCCCCCGCCGCCGCCCCCGCCGUCGACCGGCUUCACAAGCCCCUUUACAAACACGGCCACGGAUACGUACCUCGGCAGCGCCGGUAGCGCCGCUCCCUUUGGCGCUCUGGCUGCCGACGAUGCCUUUUACGACGAUGACGACGCCCCUGACGGCGAGUACUAA